UAGUUCUGCAGUAUGUUCUUGCAGAGUAAGUUUGAGUGGUAUGCAUUGGUACAGAUGAUCACAUCUGAUAUUCUGACGUGAUAAGAGAAGUUGGUCGUUCCAUUCUUUGAGCAGGUUAUUUUGCGAAUCUCAAAGGUUAAAAAACAUGGGAGAUCAAAAGCCUGUAUCAUCCGGCGUAUGGCCCACCAUCAAGCCAUUUGUUAACGGAGGAGCCGCCGGCAUGCUCGCUACUUGUGUUAUACAACCCAUCGACAUGAUCAAGGUGAGAAUUCAGUUGGGCCAGGGAUCAGCUGCUCAUGUGACAAAGCAAAUGCUUAAAAAUGAUGGAAUUCGUGCCUUCUACAAGGGUUUAUCUGCUGGGCUGCUCAGACAAGCUACAUAUACAACUACCAGACUUGGAUCUUUCAGAAUAUUGACAAAUAAGGCAAUUGAAUCUAAUGAUGGGAAGCCCCUGCCUCUGUAUCAGAAAGCUUUGUGUGGACUAACUGCUGGAGCAAUUGGAGCAAGCGUAGGCAGUCCAGCAGAUUUAGCACUCAUCCGCAUGCAGGCUGAUGCUACCGUACCUGCUGCUCAACGUCGAAAUUACACCAACGCAUUCCAAGCUCUCUAUCGUAUAACUGCAGAUGAAGGAAUAUUGUCUCUCUGGAAAGGUGCUGGUCCUACCGUAGUGAGAGCAAUGGCUCUGAAUAUGGGAAUGCUUGCAUCUUAUGAUCAGUGUAUUGAGUUCUUCAGUGAUAAUGGCUUUAGUGAGGUUUCGACUGUUGUAGGGGCCAGUUCAGUGUCUGGUUUCUUCGCUGCAGCUUGCAGUUUGCCUGUUGAUUAUGUCAAAACCCAAAUACAGAAGAUGCAACCGGAUGCUCAGGGGAAAUAUCCAUAUUCAGGUUCGCUGGAUUGUGUAGUGAAAACCUUUAAGGCCGGAGGACCCCUCAAAUUCUAUGAUGGAUUUCCAGUAUAUUGCUUGAGGAUUGCUCCUCAUGUAAUGAUGACUUGGAUAUUCUUGAGCCAAAUAAAGAAAAUGGAGGAAUCUAUCGGGUUAUAAAACAAGGAAGCAAGAUCAGCAAUGUGAGUUGGAGCUCUAUGAGAGAAUAAUAAGCAGUCUUGUAUUGUAUUGUGACAAUCUUCAGUACAUCAGAAGAUUUCUGUACUGGACAAAGUCGGAUAUAUAAGAUAGGAAAGUAAUCUGGAAUUUACGGCUUUUAUCCUCAGUGAGUUUGUAGGGAAGAACAUAACAUGGUGAGCAAUAAUUUAUUUGGAAAUUUGCCA